AUAUUUAUGGUAUGGCCCAUAAUCCCAUAUCUUUUCUAUGGUCUACACUCUACCUCAGUCCUCAAACUCAAACAGCUUCAGCUAUUCCUUAGAUUUUUCUCACUGCCACACACAUUUCCACACUUUGCUCAAAAUCUUUAACCUUUACCAAGAAGAUUAAUAGGACAUGAAGGCUUCCGUACCUUUUAGGUCCUCAGGAACUCCUUUUAUCUCAAGAACAACAUUUCUCCAAUCAAGGACAGAGCUAACUGUUCCUCAGAAAGUUUUCUUUUCACGAGCUAAGCACGCUGAAUCUGCGAUAGAUGGAUCGUUUAGCUUAAGGCUAGUUCCUCCAACCUUGUUAGCAGCAGAAAAGGAAGAAGCCAAGGCUGUGUUGACCUUGUUCUUGAAGAAACAAGGUUUAAGCAAUGCAGUCGCAGCAAGAACUAUCAACAAAUCAGAUCCUUUUGUUGACCAUCUAGUGUCAAGGCUUCACUCUGUUCAUAAGUCUCGAUACUUAGUAGGUCGGGAACUCACAACUCUUGAGAUUAGAGAUGCUCUUAUUCCAUACCUUGAGACACUCCUUGAGGAAUAUGGACCAAUUUUGGUAGAUGUUGUUGAAAACUUCCCAGACCCACCUGUCAAGGAAAAAUCAGAAGAAAAUGUUCAGAAACAACCUUUGGCAGAAAAUUCUGUUGCAUCAGUUUCUCCUUCUACUCCUACGGUAGACUCCAGGAAGCUAAAGGCAUUGGCUCGAGUUAGUGAUGUUAGCCCAACAGGGAAACUUCCUUCACAUAUUGUCUACCUUAUAGAGCUCGGCAUGGAACUUGAAGCAAUUAGGGAAGUAAUACGCAAGUUUCCAGCUUUUGCCUACUAUAGUUUGGAGGGUAAGAUCAAACCAGUUGUUGAAUUUCUCCUUGAUCUAGGUGUGCCAAAAGCGGACAUUCCCACAAUCCUGACAAAAAGGCCUCAGCUUUGUGGAAUCAGUCUGACUGAAAAUCUGAUCCCAACCAUGGCAUUUCUUGAGGAAUUAGGUGUCGAUAAGAAGCAAUGGGCGAAAGUCAUAUACCGCUUUCCCCCACUUCUCACUUACAGCAGACAAAAGCUUAAAGCAACUGUAGAUUUUCUAUAUGAGAUGGGUCUCUCAGCUGACAAUGUGAGUAAGGUUUUAACUCGCUGCCCGAAUAUUAUAAGUUAUAGCGUGGAGGAUAAGCUACGACCCACCGCUGAUUACUUUCGGUCUUUAGAUGUUGAUGUUGCACUUCUUCUCCAUCGAUCUCCUCAAACUUUUGGUCUCAGCAUCGAGGGUAACUUGAAGCCCGUGACUGAAUUUUUCUUGGAAAGAGGCUACAGUUUAGGGGAUGUUGCAACUAUGAUCUCAAGGUAUGGGACUUUGUAUACUUUCAGCUUGCCUGAAAACUUGAUGCCGAAAUGGGAGUUCUUUCUGACGAUGGUCUACCCUAAAUCCGAGUUGAUUAAAUUUCCACAAUAUUUUGGUUACAGUUUAGAAGAUAGGAUCAAACCUAGGUAUGAGACUAUGAAGAAAUGUGGAGUGCAGGUACUACUAAACCAGAUGUUGUCUCUUUCGGAACAGGACUUCCAUAAACUUUUGAAGAAAAAGAUGGAGAAAAAAGCUUCAUGACUAGCUCCUGAGUGUAAUUUAGCUAAUUUGAUUAGAUAAAAGCUUCAUGUUAGAUGUAACUCCUGUCCAUAAGACAAUGCUAGAAAGAGUGGGAUAUCUAUGUAGUAUCCAAGAAUUCUUCAAGAGCUUCUUUUGCUGCACCGUGUUGAAGUUAGAUAUCUAUGCUCAAGUUAUGUAAUUUAUUGCACAUGAAGUUGAAUUCUGAUGGAGGUAAUGAAUUAUUAUUGACUCA